AUGGCGGAGAGUCCUGCGGCUGAAGCGAUCAUACUACCGGGAGCCGUAGGUGGUGUGGGGUUGGUGUCUCCUCUCAGCGGCCUGCAGACUCCUGGUACAUCGCACCUGGCCACUUCCUCGGUAUGGGACCCAACAGCCAGCACGGAUUGGGACAACGAGAGGGCGUCAACUCAGUGUGUGCUACGCAUUAAACGUGAUAUCAUGACUAUUUAUAAAGAACCUCCCCCAGGAAUGGUUGUGGUGCCAGAUCCUCAUGACAUGACAAAGAUUCAUGCUCUCAUCACAGGCCCAUUUGAUACGCCUUAUGAAGGAGGUUUCUUCUUGUUCCUGUUUCGGUGCCCUCCAGAUUACCCAAUCCACCCACCUAGAGUCAAACUGAUGACAACGGGAAACAACACCGUGAGAUUUAACCCUAAUUUCUACCGGAAUGGCAAAGUAUGCUUGAGUAUUCUAGGAACCUGGACUGGACCUGCUUGGAGUCCUGCUCAGAGUCUGUCUUCAGUGCUCAUCUCUAUACAGUCCCUAAUGACGGAAAAUCCUUAUCACAAUGAGCCUGGAUUUGAGCAGGAAAGACACACAGGAGACAGCAAGAAUUACAAUGAGUGCAUUCGACAUGAGACCAUUCGAGUGGCAGUCUGUGAUAUGCUUGAGGGAAAAUGUCAGUGUCCUGAUGCCUUACGGAGUGUCAUGGAGAAAUCUUUCAUGGAUUAUUAUGAUUUUUAUGAAGUGGUUUGCAAGGAUAGAUUUCACCUACAGGGACAAAAUAUGCAGGACCCGUUUGGUGAAAAACGUGGCCACUUUGACUAUCAGUCUCUGCUCAGCCGCCUGCAAACUAUUCAGCAGAAAGUGCGGGAGAAACACCAGCGGCAAGCAUUGGACAUAGACUCUGAUUCCAGUUCAUCUGAGACAGAAACAGACACACAGGGAAGCUCAAACCCUUAAAAAUCAUAGGAAUGUAAAUGUUUGGUUGGUGGCAGAGCCACAGACCGUAACGUUAUCCAAGUAUCAUGGACUGCUCUUGACAUGAAAAGACUUUGUGUAACACAAAGUAAGGUUGCUCUGGCUGCUGUUUAGAGGCAGAAACAAGUGAUAUCCUCUGCUCCCUAGACGUACAGAGAAGAGAGACAUCCUGUGGGGGAUUUAUAAUAGAGAGACAAGGAUCUCUGGUUCCUGGGCGUAUCACGAGGACAGCGCUUACAUUGUACGGAGAUACCUCCUUCAGUGAAUGGACAGUUAUUGGCCAGAGAAGCCAAAGAGUUUCAUUAUGAGAACAGAGCUGUUCUCAGCCACGGCAUCUUCCCCACACGUGACAUGCCAUUUUAAGUUUCAGAUCUGACAGAAGCCACUAUCUUUUUAAUUUACUUUCCCCACAAAAUGCACUUUCUUUUACCUACUGGGCUUUGUCUAUUUAGAUGGUACACAUGUUUGCUACAGGAAUAAAUCAAGACUUCUGCUUUAA